AUGCCUAGUUAUGUGAAGUUCAUGAAGGAUAUACUGUCUAAGAAGAGGAGGAUGGAAGAUUAUGAGACAAUAGCUUUGACUGAAGAGUGCAGUGCCAUAUUACAGCGAAAUCUUCCUCAGAAGUUAAGGGAUCUAGGGAGCUUUACAAUACCUUGCACCAUUGGAGAAGCUCACCCCACCACAGUCAUACUUCAAUUGGAAGAUAGAUCAGUCAAGCAUCCUCGACGUAUUAUUGAAGAUGUUCCUGUAAAGGUGGACAAAUUUAUCUUCCCUGCUGAUUUUAUGGUACUUGAAAUGGAGGAAGAUGAGGAUGUUCCUAUUAUCUUAGGGAUGCAAUUUUUAGCCAGUGGGCAAGCAUUGAUAGAUGUACAAAAGGGGGAGUUGAAGUUAAGGGUUCAAUGUGAGGAGGUGAUCUUCAAUGUGUUCAAGGCUUUGACUUAUCCUCGGGCAAGUGAUAGUUGUUGCAUUGUGAAUUUUUUAGAUGAAGAAUGUUCAAAGGGGAAGCCUACAGAGGAUCCUCUAGAGUUGAGUCUGAUAUCGAGCCCAGAAGAACGUGAUGGCACUGAGGCCAUUGAGUAUGUGAAAUGGUUGAACGCAGAUGGGCAGAUUUACAAGAAAAGGUAUGAAGAAUUGGGUCAAGGGCCUGAACGACCACUUCCAUCCAUAUAG